AGAAACAUCGAUGAUUUAGAAAAUUCGAAUUCAUCGAGGUUUUUGCACCUCUAUUAUUUAGGGUUUUGUUUAAGCCGGAGACUUAAUCCUUCGGUUUCUAAGGCGUAAUUUCCAGCAGCUCCGCCAUGGCCACCAGCAAGGAGUUGUGCUCCAUCCGGGAGUGGGCUCCGCUGACAGACAUCAUUGAUCACAUUCCGGUCCAGCUGCAACGUGGGUUCUUUCCCGCAUAUCUCAAUCUGACCUGCGUUGACGCCACCGAACAGUUCCUGGCAAUCGGCAGUGACGCGGGCAUUGUUUUUUGGUACAACCGCCAGUCGGGAGAAAUGCAGAAACUGAAGGCGGAGGUGGCCACUCGAAUAACGUGCGUGCGUAUUGUCAACUCGGUGGAAUAUAUGGUUGCGGCGGGGUGCGCCAACGGGCAGGUGAGCAUUUUCCAAAUUCAGAAGGAGCUGCCUCGAGACUUGGACCUGGUUUUGGGUACGCGUAGUAGGCCCAUUGAGCGCUACACCAUCAGGGACCUCCACAAGUGCGUGGUCAGCUGUUGUGAGUGGUCAAAAAACGGGAUGAAGCUCUACUCCGGCGACCGCCAGGGUGUGGUGGUGCUUACUGAGUUCGAUUACCAGGCGCACCUCAGCAAGUCCGUGGAGAUCCUGAGCGAAGCAUACGAGAUCGUCCAGCUCAGCGUGCUGCAGAGCCAUCUGCUGGUGGCCACGCUCUAUCGCUGCAUUGUAUGCCAGCGCGACGCUAGCACCUCACAGUGGACGAUAACGCAAGUGGGCAAGAAGGACCGGAAACAGCUUAUUGACUGUGGAGCUGUGUUUCUCAGAAAAUCUCAGGACAACAGGAUGCAGCUCGUCUGCGGUCGCCCUGGCCUACGCUUCUGGGUGGCUGACAUCGCUGGCAACGUCUCCAAGACCGUGUUGUUUAGAGACGCCGUGUUGCGCAGUCCAACUUGGGAGAUACCCAUUCUCAACCCAAAGCAGUUCCACGAACCGUCCAGCAGCCACAACUUGGCCGCAUCUGUAACUUCAUCUACAGCUCCGACUGGGCCAUCACUAGCGGGAAAUGGCGAAAUGGGCUACGUGGCUAGCAGCAACUUUCGACAGCUCUACCUGUACGAUGGCUGCGACUCACUCUUGGUGACACAUGACGACGCCACCCUGUACAUUUUGAACUUGGACAAACUCAAGGUUGAAGCAGUUGCUCGUGGAUUCCGAAAGAUUCUUGACUUUUGUGUCUAUGACAAGGAAAUAUUUGUGCUGGAGGGCGAGCGCUCACUGUUACGCUUGGCCCCACUCCCCGAACCGCCGAACAAAAGGACUAAGGUGAUCUUCAAUCCACUAAUGCCGCCACCUGUUCCGGUGAUGGGAGCGUCAUCACAAAACGCGCAACUCGAGUCGCCAGUGGAGCUGCAGUCUGAGCCCGUACUACAGGGCGCUGAGGAGUGCUUCGAAUUGCCGGCCGGGGAACAACUGGACCUGAAUGUGCCAAUAGAAUUGGCCGUCGAGUCGCCGUUGGCUCAGCAGAACCGUCGCUUGGAUAUUUUCCGCCGCAUCGGCGAGAUGGACUUUGACCAGUUUAUUGUCCACACUAGUAGAAAGACAGCAGUGGAAAAGGAGCCGCCGGUCUGUAGUAGUUCGGGCAUAGUGGAAAUCGGCCAUGAGACGCAAGAGCAUAGGGUGCCACUCACAAACGCCGCCACACUAAUGGAAGCCAGCUACUGCCAGAUGGAGAACAAUGGCCUAGCCUCGCCGCUGGACAUGAAGACAGCCUUUCUACAGCACCUUCCCGACGCUCUGAGUCCGGGCAGUCUGCAGAAGACGGUCGCGGAAAAGGCCAAGUCCUUGGCCGCCGAACUGAACUUGCCCGAAGUUCACUUGGUCCCACUAACCCAGGAGGAGCUAAUUGCUGCCAAGGCGGUGACGCCCGAGCUAAACGAAUCACUAAUCCGGUGCUAUCCCACCACGCAACUGGAAGAGGCUAGUGUUCAGACCACCUUACGGCGACAAACACAUGACCACAUAGCGGACACGGACUAUAAUGCCGGCCAGCCGGUGGAUGGAAUUCGGGCCUGUCCGCUAUUAAAGCCGAAGGUGACGCCACUGAAGUUUGUCAAUAGCCAGCCAAAGGCAAACCUAAUCGUGGAGGACGAAACGGAGUACAGUAGCUUCCUUCCCGACUUUCGGAGGGCAGGUGACCCCUUGCGCAAAGAAACCCCGCCGGCCACUAGUGACUCUAACACCUCCAGCGAGUGGGAGUUCUUGGACAACUAGUUUGAUUUUAUUUAUAUGCAUUCUUUUUGAUUUCAAGCUUAUUGUGUUUAUGCUUAUACAUUCCUUUGCUUCGUUCGAAGAAGUGUAGUGCUUAUCAGAUUGUGAUCACCGUGAUUUCCUUACUUCCUAUUUAUAGUAAAAUUUAUAAUAAUUGUACAUAAUUUAGACAUAGGCUAAACGCACGAAUCUGUAUUACAAAUUGUAUUAGCCAGUUAUUUGAAUUUCAAAUAUCUUGGCAUAAAUAGCACUCGUAAGCAAUGUAAUUAUUAUUUGUCAUUAUACCCUAAGUUCGCUACUUGAGUUCAAGGUCGCCUUGAGAAAUACAUACAGUAAAUUUAUGUUA